AUGGCUUGGGUUGUUGUGCGAGCGCUCGAUGGAGAUCAGCCGACGGGGAGGGCCUCUCUCCGUUACUGGGAUGACAGUAACGAAGGCACGACACACUUGCAAGGGACAAUUAGCUUGCUCAAAUGGCAAGACAUCAAAGGAUACGAUCGUGUUGUGGAUGGAUUCGACUCAUUCAGGUUUCGCGUUGAGCUCUCCAAAGUGAAUGGUGACGCUGUGCCUGCUGGUAGCUCCUGUGAUAUCGAUCUGCCAAAGGGUAAGUGGGAAAUACAGCAACCCACUGUUAAGAGAUCAACUCAUGGCAACCACAGUGGAUUGGUAGUCGACAUAAGCUUCGCUUUAGCUCCUGACAAUGGCGUCAAACGAAUCAAACUGAUGCUGCCGGUUGUUUGUGGCAAUGAAGAGUGUGCUCGACUUUUCUUUUCGGCAAUUCUACAUGCUGACCAGCGUCAUGUCAAGUAA